ACGCUCCAGUCUCUCUCGCCGGGUUUCGGUCUUUAGGGCUGAGCAGGAAGUGGCUGACUGUGGACCCUGAUCGCGAGAAAAAGGCCAAAGAAAAGCCAACAGGGAAGCCAAAAAUGGAUAUUGUGACCGACGAGGGGGAGAACAGCCUCUAUCGGGCGUCGGGUGAAUCCAACCACCAGCAGCCUCAGCGAUGGUUCAAUACGGCCGACAUCACGGCGGCUCACCAAACCAACCUGCUGAAGCAGCUCAACCAGCAGAGACGUCAGGAACUCUUUUGUGACUUCAGCGUACUGGUGGAGGGUCACCUCUUCAGGGCCCACCGCAACGUCCUGUGCGCCAGCAGCGGCUACUUCCGCAUGCUGCUGACUCAGGGACUCGAUGGGAUGUCGGAAUCCGCUAAUGCCACCUUUGACUCUUUUAGCCCGGAGAUCUUCACAGUCAUCCUGGAUUUCAUCUAUUCGGGCCAGCUGGACCUCUCCAGUCAAAAUGUGAUUGAAGUGAUGUCCGCUGCCAGUUACUUGCAGAUGAACAAUGUCAUCAACUACUGCAAGAAUUUCAUCAAAUCUUCUUUGGACAUCAGCGUGAAAGAUGAAGACAGCGAUCGAUGUCACAGCUUGUCGGAGACCUGCAGCUUCAUCAGUGGGACUGGAGAGGAGACAGCAGAUCAGCAGCAGCAACAGCGAGAUCAACGUUCUGAAAGUCCACCACCUGCACUAUGGACCAGGGACAGCUCCAGAUCCCAGUCAAGCUUCAUGAGCAAAGAUUUGGAGAAGGACAUUUCGGGUCCAGCAUUUAAGACUGAGCCAAGUAGUCCUGCCAAUGACAUUAACACGGACUUUGAGGACCCCCAGGACCCUUUGUAUACAUUGCCAGUGCCAGAGCGCCGGCGUGGCAAAGGUGCAAAUAAGAGAAAGGCGAGCAACAGCACCCACUCCAACCACCAUGAUGACCCAGACAUCCAAGAGGCCAGCACACUAAAGGCAGAGAAGGCUGAUGAGCUUUAUGCCAAUUUACCACAAAUUGUGGGUGUUGUUGGAAACUUCGAAACCGAAUCCAAUUCCGCCAUGCGCUUCAAAUGCCCUUUCUGUACACACACGGUGAAAAGGAAGGCGGACCUCAAGCGUCAUUUGCGCUGUCACACUGGCGAGAGACCGUAUCCGUGUCAGGCCUGCAGUAAGCGAUUUACUCGCCUGGAGCAUCUCCGCAGCCACUUUGAGACGAUUCAUCAAGCCAGGAAGCUGGUGUGCAGAAGGUGUAAAUGUCCGGUGACUGAAGAUUCCGGCCAAGUGGUGUGUGAGGGCACACGGCGUUACCGCAUGUGCCCGCUGUGCGUCCACGAAGUGGGCCGCGAUACAAUGCCCAUGGACAGUCUGGAAGGAAGCAAUGAGGAGCCGGCGCUUUUACUAGGUGUGGACGGCGAGGAGGAGCAGAGUAAUAGGGCCUGGAUGGCAAAUGAUGACGACGACUUGGCCGAAGACUCCGGGGCUGACCUCAUCAUUCAACAAGUGGAUGACAGCGACGAAGAGCUGCAGUGACAUUUGACCAAAGUGCGCGUGUGUGUGCGUAUUCAUGCAUGUGUAAAUAUUGGCUGUGGGGCAACAUGUUAAAGUCAUGCCUGAGAAUGUAGUGUGAUAUGAUUAGAAACAUGACAAGAAAUGUCAAUCUGGUGUGAAUGGCCACUUCAACCAGAGUAUACAACUUGCCAAGAAUUGGAUGCAGCUUUUCCGGAAAGAUUGAGUUGUUUGAUAUUCGUCUAUAUUAAGACAAGGGUAAUUUUUAGUAAAAAGUGCCGGCCACUUGUCACGUUGCUAAUCCAUUGAUGUAUGCGUGUAUGCAUACAUUUAUUAUGAUACGCUGUAUUAUUCUUUUACUGUAAUAUAACUGGCUGAUCAAUUAUUUCAAAGAUCUUUUUACUUUUGUGGCAAGCUCAUUGAGUCUAUGUAUAUGCGGUAUCUAAAGCAUGCCUCUUUAGUGUUUCUUUUGUAGUGUUUCAAUGAUAAGCUCUUAGCGUUAUAUACAAUUUUUUUGCAUAAAUGGAAAGACGUUGUUUUGUUUUUUUUUACUUUUGAAGACAUUCAGCUCUGAUAAAAAGACAAGUUGGUUGCUGAUUGAACCUGAAAAAGGAGAGAAAACGUAUUUAAUGAAGAGUGAAUGAUAUGGAAAUGUUCUGUUUCUUUUAUCAUUGAAAAGCUACCUUAUAUGUUAUGACAGUAAGCCAAUUAAAAGUUGUUGUUUUGUUUUUUAAACUUUGGGACACAUUAAAGAUAUUUUUGUAGA